UCCUCUCCUUGCCGUAAGCCGCCGCGCCGCGCCCAACCCACCCAACCCAGAGAUCAUCGUGCUUCGACCCUCGCCUUGCCAUCUCUGCUUCCCUCUCCCGACUCCAAUCUCACAUCGAACUCGGAUCUUUCCCCAGGAGAUCGUCUCUUUCCCUGUUUCCUCCCCCCGCAAAGAUCCGUUCUCGGACCAAGAAGCCAAGAAACCUCUGCUGCCAUGGCGGAGCCGGCCAAGAACGACGCCCACAUCGUGGAGAUCCCGGUCUCCGUCGACGGGGGCGAGGCGGAGGCAGCCGCGUCCCUCGACAAGGUGGCAGUGGCGGAUGCGGAGGCGGGCGGGGCCCACCCGCUCGGGGAAAUCGCGGGGAGCGCGGGCCACCUGCUCCUGCUCAAGCUGUGGCAGCGGGAGGAGGACCGCCUGGGCCGCCGCGCGUGCGCGCUGGAGGCGCGCAUGGACGCGGCGCGCCGGGAUGCCUUCUACCUCUGCGCGGCGUUCCUCGCCUUCCACGGCCUCGCCCUCGCGGUCCUCUUCGCCGCCUCCGUGGCCGGCGCCCCCUCCUCGAUCGACGCCGGCGGCGGCGGAGGCCCGGCGAGCGCCGCGUGCAGGAGGUGGUGGGCGCCGUCGUCCCUGUCCCUGGCGGCCUCCCUCGCGCUCGCCGCGGCCGUGCAGCUGCGGGUCUGCGCCUACUGGCGCGCCGCGGCGCGGCUGCGCCGGGAGCGCGGCGACGCGCGCGCGCUGGCGCGCUCCGUGCAGGAGCUGCGCAUGAAGGGCGCCGCGUUCGACCUGUCCAAGGAGCCGCAGUACGGGGUGACGAGGGCCAAGUGCGCCAGCGUCGAGGGCGCCGGCGCGUGGGCGCCGCUCCGGUGGUGCCAGCAGAACGUCGUCACCGCCUGCCUGCUCGCCGUCGCCGCCGCAGCGUUGCCCUCCGGCAAGUUCAUCCUCUGCGCAUAGGAUGGACGCCAAAGUGCAAGUGCCGAGGUCACCGGCUUUUUCAGCAGAUAUUGGAAAACUCAAGUGGGGAACUGCAGAGUGUUCGUCGCUGCAUCGGGGACAGAUCAUUGCUUGUGCUCCCAUGCAAAAGAAACCGAGUCGAGGGAGAUGAUGCUACUAGUACUAGGAACGACAGGCUUAACAUCGUACUAGAAUUUUUCCCCCUGCCCUGAAAUGAUGAAAGGGCACAUUCUUUGUAGUCAUUUUUACGGUACCUGGAGGCUGGAGCUUCAGUUGAUAUUCUGGCAUGAGAACGCUUAGUGUUCUUGUUUGGGCCUUCUAGCAUGAAAAUUUUAUGCAUUUUCAGCCAAUUCAAAAUUUCAAAUAUAUGCUCCAGUGAUCUUGCUUGCAAA